AUGACAUCGAAGCUGGAGAGAGCAGAUGAACUUUUGAGGCAGAAUAAGUUUGAGGAAGUGGAGGCCAUAUUGAGUAGUAUGCCAAACAGUCCAGAUGUUGGUUGGAGAAAAGCCCGUCUGGCUUAUGUGUCAACAACUGCCAAACCACGAAAGCCAUCAAAGGACACCUUGAAGGAGAUUUAUAAAAAAGCUCUGAGUGACGUCCAGGAAGGAUAUCAAGGCAAACAGCCGAACGCUGAAUGUCUAAUAUGGGAAGGAAUAUGCAAGAGCGAGUAUGCCGAACUUGUAGGACCGAACGAACGUAUAAAAAUCGCCUAUGAAAUCAGAGAUUUAUGGGACCGGGCAUUACAAAUGGAACCCAAAAACGGAUGGGCAAUUGGAUGUGUGGGGAUUUGGUGCUUUAACGUCACAGAUCUUUCGGAUGUGAAACGUUCCUUUGCUAAAGCGUUCUUUACAAAACCACCGGAUUCCACCUACCAGGAGGCUCUGGACAAUCUGCUCAAAGCCGAGGCUUUGCUUGAUGAUCCAAGACCGAAUUUACUUAUUAUCAUUGCCAAAUGCUACUACAGGAUGAAGGACUGGGACAACGUUAGAAGGUAUUGUACCAAGGUCAUGAAUUUGCCUGACCUUGGCUACGAGGUCGCGGAGGUAGGUUUUUUGUCAGGGAUAACCAAACUUAACGUGUUGUUCUAUUGGCAACUUUUAGGUCAAGGAUGA